AUGCCACCCGCCAUGUAUUCCAAGGAUGAGAAGGCGCUUUGCUUCCAUCAUGAGAUUCUUUACGACGCGAAGAUCCGCGAUGUGCGCCAUAAGGAUGCCAAUGACAAGAAGAGUCCUUUCGAGUAUCUGGUCCACUACAAGGGCUGGAAGCAUACCUGGGAUGAUUGGGUCUCAGAGGACCGUCUUCGCAAGGGCACAGAGGAGAACAAGGAGCUGGCCAGCAACCUGCGCCGCGAAGUCGAGGAGUCAAUCAAACAGAAGAGCAGUAAGGCCUCUGCAAAGAAGCGGGCUACCUCUGACCGCAGCUCUGUGCGGAAUAGCGAGGAGCGCGGCAACUCUGUGGGCCGGGGCCUGAAGCGAGCCCGCGACAAUGAUAUCGAAAAGGAAGAGCACUUCCAGACCCGUCCGUCGGUGCGCAUCGUCAUGCCCGACAACCUCAAGUCUCUGCUCGUCGACGACUGGGAGCAGGUUACCAAGAACCAGUGCGUCGUAAAAUUGCCGGCAGAGUAUCCCGUGCGACAGAUUCUGCAGGACUGGCACGACGAGGAGGCGUCGAAGCGGACGUCGUCUUCAGUUGACGAGGAUGUCCUCGAGGAGGUGGUUGCAGGUCUGCUGGAGUACUUCGACAAGUGCCUCGACAAGAUUCUGUUGUACCGCUACGAACGCCCGCAGUACCGUAACCUCCGCCGGAAAUUCGAGGCUGCCACUGGGGAUCUUUCUGACAAGGGACCCAUCGAUGUCUAUGGCGCGGAGCACCUGAUUCGCCUCUUCAGUAACAUGCCCGAGCUCAUUGCUCAGACCAACAUGGACCUCCAGGCUACUAACCGCCUGCGUGAGGAACUCUCCAAGUUGACUCUGUGGCUGAGCAAGCACUCGGAGAAGUACUUCCCGACGCGCUAUGUCAAUGCUGAGACCACUCACGCCGGGAAGUAG